AUGACAUCGGAAGAAGAGAGCGCGAUCAAAAUUCCAGCUGAUACGAAACUAACUAUCAACGACCUGGAUCGGCAAAUUGAGACCUUAAUGAAGUGCCAGAUACCAACAGAGAAUGAGGUAAGGAGAAGUUUCAAAAAUAGAUUUUUAUUUAAAAAAUGGCGAUAUUAUAGUAAGUAUUGAACUGAAAUUUUAGUUUUUCUUACUUUUUCGCUAAAAAUUUCCAUGUUUUUAGUUUUAUACCUCAAAAUAUGAUUAAUAUAGACAUGUUAACCGAACAACUUAUCAAUAACGUCAUUUUAGGUAAAAGUAUUAUGUGCUAAAGCCCGCGAAAUCCUAAUACAAGAAGGGAACGUCCAGUACAUUGACCCACCCGUAACAAUAUGCGGCGACAUUCACGGUCAAUUCUUUGACCUGAUGGAACUAUUCAGAGUGGGAGGCAACGUGCCCGAAACCAACUACCUGUUCAUGGGCGACUUUGUGGAUAGAGGCUUCUACUCGGUGGAAACAUUCUUACUACUCUUGGCCAUCAAAGUCAGAUACCCGGAUCGGAUGACGUUAAUCAGAGGGAAUCAUGAGAGUAGACAGAUUACACAGGUAGGGUAAAUCUGAUAUUUUGAGGAAUUUUUGGAUAUUGAAAAAAUUUUUUUUGUAAAAAAUUAAAAUUUUGGAAAAACGUCUAAUUUGAUUAACAAUGACCCCAAAAACAAAGUGCGAAUUUUUUUUCGAAAAAAAAAAUUUUUUUGAAAAAAUUUUAAAUUUUCAAAAAAUUUAAAAUUUUGCUCAUUUGACCCCAAAUACCUUUCAAAAUACCCAACACUAAGCUUGUAGACAGUGUAAUCAAACGAUUGGUUGUAUUUCCAAGACUGUAAACAAAGGUUUUUGCUGUGUUUAGGUGCGAAAAUCCGUAAUAUUUACCCAAAAUACAGUGAUUCACGCAUGUUUACAGUUUGCCAUACGUAUAAUUUCAAAUAAAAAUGGUGUUGUUAUACUGCUAUUAUAUUUUGUGGGUACUUGAACACGGAAAUUUGGGUUUGGAAAUGAGCGAUAAUAGGUUUAAGAUUAAAAACCUGGGUUUUGAAAGAUGAAAAUUUUGAAAAUUUGGUAUGAAUAAGUGGUUUUUGGGCUUAAAAAGGGCUGGGAAAUACGAAAUGCGUUAAAAAAUGGCCAGAAAAUUGAAAAAUGUUUCUAAAAUUGAAAAAAAUUUAAAAAAUGGCCAACAAAGUUAAGAUUUGUGAGCGAAAAAGACGAUUUUAAGCCUAAAAUUAGCUGUGUUAAACACGGUAAAGUAUAUAUUAUGGUCUUUUUGGUCCAAAUAUAAAUAUGAAAUACAAAAAUUUAGGAUUAAAAAGGUCAUUUUAAUUUGUGAGGAUAUACGUAUUUGAAGGAGGUCUUGCCCAAACUCAAUUUCUCAAUUCGAUAUAAAUAGGUAAUGAAGUAUAAAUAUAUAAUGCCAAAUUAGCGAUUAUGACAAGCAUAGUUUAUGAUGAUACAGUAAAAACCUGUUUACUGGGUUGUAAAUACUGUAGUAUGUGGGUGGUGUAGAAAAGAUUGAGCUACUAGGUUGUAAAGGUUUUUAAAGAUGAAUAUGUUAGCAAAUACUAAGGUUUGGUACAAGGAUUUGGGAUGGAAGAGUUCAAAAUGUACUAAAUAUGAAUCGACAGAUUCAUAGUGUACUCAAACGGGCAUAAAUGUCUACUUUGAAAUAAACAAAAAGGUAUAUGUUGACUAUAAACUAUGUUAUAGUCUUUCCAUGUACCGUGUUUCAUAUAAAAACCAUUUUUUACUGUAUACUAAUGGUAAAAUAGGUAAAAAUGAGUUUACAUUGCUUUAUGCAUAACAUGUAAUAAAACUGUUGUUGCAUAAACAAAAUGUAAGAUAAUUACUGUCACUUGUAUAAAAUGCAAGAUAACUUCUGUAUAAAAUUACGUAUAACUAAAUGAACAUCCAAUAUUACUAUAUGAAGGUCCAACGUGACUAAAUGAACAUUCAAAAUGUCUAAAACAAUAUCAAGACGAUAUGAACGAGCCCACAACAACGCGGAAUGUGUUAUUCAACCCCGAAAUGAAUGAGACAUUGUGCUGUUAUUGUUAACUGAUAACCUUUUAUUGCCUUCACGGAUUUUAUGGGCCUCGGCCCUUGUCGAUUAACCCCGGAAUUCGCAAAGGAACGGCAAAUAAAAAUUUGAAACCCCUCUAAAAUACUGUUUGCAGCCGGAUGGCGGGUUAAUUUGCAGUUUAAAAACGGAAAAUGGAAACAGCGAAGUUGAUAAAAAUGGCAUUUUGGAGCUUUUGAAAUUGAUAAAAUUGAAAUUUUUGGAAUUUUUAAAAAAUAUUGUUCCACAGAGGGACCAAGUUAAAUUUUUUUUGAAUAACGUUAAAUUUUUACUUUUUGAAUACUAAACUAUACCUUAAGACACAGAUAUUAAGAAGGAAAACACGAUUUUUUGGCCAGAAAGACAUGUUAUAGUAGACCCUAACCCCUAUGCUAUCUCAGAAACCAUUUUCUUUUACUAUGCGUACUAAUGACAUUUAAAAUAUGGUCACUUCUGAAAUCCAAAACAUAAUGUCGCAGAAGUGAAAUCUAAAUUUGAUGUGAUCAUAUUUUAGACAUCAUAAGUCAUAUCUGACGAUUUCCCUUAAAAUCAUCACUUUAUAAGCACGAGAAAGCACGAAAAACGUGAAAAUCAAUCAAAAAAUUAACUUUUAUUACAUUAUUUACUCAUAUAACGCUGAAAAACACGACAUAUUUAUCCAUAUUUUAACCCUACAUCUUGAAACAUAUUCGAGCCAAGAAAACAACAUUUUUCAUCCCUCCGGUAUGAAGGAGAAGAAUGUUGUUUUACAGAUGGCGGACAUCAGAUAAGGUCCAGUCUUUUGAACUCGAAUAUGUUGGCAAGAUGUAAUUAAAGUAUGGACGGAUAUGGACUGUUUUUAUUUUGUUAUGAGGUUAAGUAAGGCAUCAAAAACUAAUUUUUUGAUUGAUUUUUAUGUUUUUAUUGAUUUUUGGGCUUAUGAAUUUUUGAGCCUACGUGCAUUUUAUAAAAAAAACUAAUUUUUGGGUGAAUAGAAAGAGAUUAAAAAGGUGAUUUUUUGAGCUAUUAUAAAACCCAACGUUUACUGUGUAAAAAGCUAUCGUUAUAUAUGCUAAAGUGAACAAAAGGUAUAUCAGUUAACAAUAACAGCACAAUGUCUCAUUUAUUUUCGAGUUGAAUAACACAUUCUGCAAUUGUUGUGGGUUCAUUCAUAUUGUCUUGAUAUUGUUUUAGACAAUUUGAAUGUUGAUUUAGUUAUGUUGCACCUUCAUUUAAUAGUAUUGGAUGUUCAUUUAGGUACAGGUAGUGUAAAGUGAAAGAUACAAGAGUUAUCUAGCAGGCCAUAUUGUGACAGUAAUUGACUUAUAUUUUGUUUAUGAAACAACAGUUUUAUUACAUGUUAUACAUAAAGCAAUGUAAGCUUAUUUUUACGCACUUUACCCUUAAUUUUUGGUAAAAAAUGGUUUUUACAUAAAACAAGAUACAUGAGCUGACUGUAAUAUAGUUUUUAGUCAAUAUUUACUUCUUUGCUUCCUUUAAAGUAAACAUUUAUGCUCUUUUUAAACUCUUCCAUCUCAAAUCGUGGUAUUGAGCUUUACUAUUUGCUAAAAUAUUCAUCAUUAAAAACCUUUACAUGAUAGUAAAUCUAUCUUUUUUAUGCAACUUAUAAUUUACAGCUUUCACAGACUUUUUUGACUAGUACUAUUUUUUAAGCACGAAGAUUUUAAAUUGCCUAUAUUUUCAGGUAUAUGGCUUCUACGACGAAUGCAUGCGAAAGUACGGCUCACCAACAGUGUGGCGUUGCUGCACCGAAGUUUUCGAUUGCUUAGCACUAGCCGCAAUCAUUGACAACCGCGUGUUCUGCGUACACGGCGGUCUAUCACCAUCAAUCUCAACAAUCGACGACAUUCGAGUAAUCGACAGAAAACAAGAGGUACCACACGAUGGCCCCAUGUGUGAUCUGCUUUGGUCGGACCCCGAGGACGCGAAUGGUUUCGGAAUGAGCCCGAGAGGAGCCGGCUUCCUAUUCGGCCCGGAUGUGGUACACAGCUUUUGCGAAAGCAACAAAAUGGAACUGAUUUGCCGAGCACAUCAACUCGUCAUGGAAGGCUACAAAUGGCACUUUAAUGAGACUGUACUAACGGUUUGGUCCGCACCCAACUAUUGUUAUAGGUAAGCGAUUUGUGUUUGGGUUGAGAUUUGGGGCCUCUGUUGGUCUGGUUUAUUUUAUCGUAGACAUGGUAGUGGUAAAAAUAUUUGAUUUUUAUGAAUGUGGAUCAAGUUACAGCUUACAAAAUUAGGUAAAAACGAAAGAGAAGACUUUUUUACACUAGAUACGAUCCAUUAUACUGUAAUUUAUAGGCUAUUUUAAAAGUUAUGGCCAAAUGAAAAAAGGCCACUUAGCAUAGGUGGUCAUGGAUAAUAUCAGCUUUUUAUACGUGAGAAAACGCUAAAUUUAUUAAAAGGACAAGAUUAAUAAGAUUAAUAAAGUUGUGUUAAGAUAGUGCAGAUGCUAUUACAGUAAAAAAUUGGCGGUAAUAUAGAUUAUUUUGGCUUUAUAUUGAGGUAGGCACCAGAUGCUAGGAUAAUGUAAAACUCGAUCAAAAAUGACGUUUUGUUCAAAAUUUACGUUAAAUCAGAAGAAAUGUAUAGAGAAGAUGUUACAAUGCUAAUGCAUAGGGCUUACAAUCGUUAACGACCAACAAGAGACUGGUUGGGAACAAGUGUAAAAUCAGCCGAAUAUAAGCUGAUAUAGUGUUGUAAAAGUAGACGAAUGGUUAAAAGUACACUUUUUUUGAUAUUUUGAGGUGGUGUUAGCACAAUUACAAAAGUACAAGUGAUGGCUUCUAGGAAUUGUACGGUUAAUGCAUUAAAAAUUAAAGUGGAAAGUUGGUGGAAGAUUUGUAAUGUAAUUUGCACUGAAAAUCUUUACCAAACUUCCACUCCCAAAAAUGUUCAAAAACUUGUUUUUAGGCCGUUUUAUACAAUUUUAAAAAUGGAAGUUGAGUGGAAUAUUUUCAGUGUAAAAUACAUUACAAAUCUUCCACUGAAGUUCCACUUUUCAAAACUACCAAAACUUGGUCAAAAGAUAAAGAUUUUGCCAUUUUUAUGCUAAAACUACUUUUAAAUCAUUUUCAGAUGCGGCAACGUAGCAGCGAUUCUGGAAUUUGACGACAAACUGAACAAGGAAUUCACGAUUUUCGAAGCCGCCCCCCAAGAACACCGUGGCGCUCCAGCCAAAAAACCUCAAUCGGACUAUUUCUUAUGA